CACGAGGUGAGGUGACGCUACGCAAUUCGGCUGCUUUGUUAAUAUCCAUUGUCAUUGUCGAUUUUGUUGAUCAAAUGUCAAUCUAUUGUCGAUUCUUUUUAGAACUGUUCUUAGAUUAAAAGUGAUAUAAAAUUAUCAACUAAUUUUUUCAUUGCUGAUGAUAUAAACCAAAAUAUGUCAAGCUUUGGAAAAGCACAACUGUUAAAAUAUGGAUGGACUGAAGGUAAAGGUCUUGGAAAAGACGAAAAUGGCAUUGCAGAAGCUUUGAAACCGAAACUAAAGUUUGACACUAGUGGAAUUGGACACAAAGAUACAGAUUUUCAAUGGUGGACUUCUGUUUACGAUAAAGCCCUAAAAAAUGUUGUAUCAGAAAAUGAUGCUGAAAAGGUUUCUGUAAAGGUUUUGAAAGAAAAUGCUUUCAAUAUUUCGUCUACUCAAUCUGGACUAGAAGUAUCUGAAAAGAAAAUUGUACUUCAAUAUGGAAAUUUUAUGAAAGUUUCAACUUUGAAAGACGGAAGUUUAAUCAGAGAUCAAAAUUGUCAAGCAAUUGAAGAAGAUAAGCCAGAAGAUGUGUUAUUCACUCAAAUAUCUGAUGAAGAACUUUUCAAGGCAUGUGGAGGGAGAACUGCACAUAAAGGAGCUAGACAUGGUUUGAAAUUAAGUGGUAAACUUGCCAGAAUAGCUGAGCAAGAAAAAAAACUACUUGCUGGAGAUUUUUUAAAGUCAACUGAAAUUUCUUCAGAUGAUAAAUUAAAAUUAAAAAAAGCAAAGAAAAGGAAAAUGGUCAUGGAUGUAGAUCAGAUAUUAUUAAAUACAAUUGUUGACAAAGUUUCCGAUGAUGAAGACAAUAUAAUACCUCCUAUUCCUAAUCAAAUAACAGAUGAACGCAAAUUAUCAAAGAAAAGUUGUAAAAAAUUGAAUAGAAAAGUAAAUGAUUUGUCCCAUCAACUAAGUAAAUCUUCAUUAUUAGAAAACAAUGACCAAGGUAGUAAUAAUGACAAGACAAAAGAGCAAUUUUUAGAUAAACUAUCUAAGAAAAGUAUUAAAAAAUUAAAACGAAAAGUCAAUAAAUUAUCCAACAUGCCACAGGUUGAUGUAAUCGAUGAUCAAUUGAACAAAUUAUACUUACUAAAUAAAACUGAUUACGAUGAACAUAAUAAUGAAGAUGAAUGUGAACAAUCUAAAAAAGUUAAAAAAAAACACAAAAAGAAAAGACGUAAACAAAAAUUAGACGAAUAUAAUGCUUGCAAUAAUGUGAAUAAUAUUCAAUUAGAUAGUGACAUUAUGCAACCAUGUCUUAAAAAGUUUAAAAAGCAUUGUAAGGAUUUACCAGAGUCUUCAAAUACAAACACAGAAAACAAUGGAAUAGAAACCGAUUGGGAAAGACAAAAUUCGAAAUACUCUUUCUGCAUUUGGCGAAAUUCUAAAAUCAAAGCAAAAAAAUUAAAGAAAUAUGAAAAGAAAAAAAAGAAUAAAUUAGUUAGUUGAGUAUAAAAUAUACUGGAUUUAAAAUUGAUGAAUUUAUAAUUAAUUUAGUUUAAUUUAGUGUAACCAAAUGAUUUAUUGCAUUUGCAUGUCAGUUAUUAAGUGAAUUUGUAAUCAAAUAUAUAUGCGUGCAUAAUUUGAAGAAUUUUUAUAUAAAUGUCAGUAGAAAGCUUGAAGUUUGUACAUAUUGAUGUAAUUUAAUUGGAUAAAUGAAUAAUAUCAGCUGUAA